CAUUUUGUUUUCUCUUCGUCAUUGGCUCUGAUGUCUGAUGUUGUGAACUUUUGUAAAAUCUUAGGGGGGAUAUACGCCACUUCAUCUUGCAGCCAUUCAUGACCAUGAAUACAUCAUAGAGCUACUUGUACAAACAUUCAAGGCAGAUCCAAAUAUUAGAGAUUACAGUGGCAAGAAAGCCAAACAGUACCUGAAGAACUCAGCCUCAUCCAAAGCCCAACUUUCCAGCCGUACCAGUUAUUACGGAGCCAGGCCGAAAAGCUUCCAUGAGCUUCUUGCAUCUAAACGGUUGGGUUCAGAACUGAGAGACCAGAACAUGGAUGAUUCAUUUGUACGAUCGUCAACACGCAUGAGCAACCGAGCCAAAGCAGUCUCGUCUAUGCUGAUGUUUAAGUCUGAAAGUGCCAGACAGCUGCUGCGGUCCAGUUGGAAUGGCUCUGGGUCAUCAGAGAACCUUCGGACACCACCAGACAGUACAGACUCGUCUCCCAAGUCCUUCAGAAAAAAGGACCUUGACCUGAUGCCCCCACCCUCUAAUGCCAUGAUGGGCAGAAGAACACGGCGCAAUGACCGGUCCAAGUCAUCCAGUCGGGAGAGCUCACCGAGAUCUGGACGUAAAAAUGACAUCAACCAGAAUGUAACAAAAGCCAGCUCUGAUUCCAACCUGCCCACCUCUGAAUCUGUGAUCAUGUAGCAGAAAUCUGGCAAACACAACUCAUGUUGACAUCACAUUUUGGCAAUAUCUGCAUGAAAAAGGAUAUUUAGAGCUGAAAUCUUGCCUAGUGUUUAAUAUUUCAGUCAAAUGUUUAAUAUAUCAAUGCACAAAAGAUAUGGUAGUGGUUUUUUUUCUCUCCAAGUACUUAAGAAUUUACUCUCUUUUUUUGUUACUGCAAAUAUUUAUGAAAUUGAAUUUUUUUUUGCCAUGCUUUAACUUAACAUCUUACUAUUUUAAGGCCUUGUUAUUUUAAAACCUUUCAUUUAAAUGUUAUUAAAAUUAUUUUUUUUUGCUUGUAAAAUAUACAUU